AUGGAGCGGAACCGCAGCGCCGAGUGUGACAGGGCGUCUGAGACCUCCUCCUUCAUAGGGGAUGAAGAAGAGGGAGAAGAAGAGGAGGAGGAGGAAGAAGAAGAAGAGGAGGAGGAGGAGGAAGAGUCUGUGGACCCAGAGGAAGCUGAGGAGCUGACUAACAGUUUAAAAGAUGUUAUCCAAAGUGAAGAUGUGAAACCCAAGCUGCAGUACAUCAUGACUAACCCUUCCUUUUCAAUGGUAACAGUUCAAAGUGAAGACAGUGGGAUAACCUGGGAAACCAGCUCGAGCAGGUGUUCUACUCCCUGGGCCUCAGAAACUAGUACAACUUCCGAUCUUUACAGCAUGGAAAGUUCACCAGUAGGUUCUCCUCCAGGAAAAGUUAUCUUUAUUAUGGAUGAAGGUAAGAUUGUUCGGAAAAGGAAGCACAAACCUUCAAAUAGGGCACCGAUGGCUAUGAGCCUGAAAGGAGGCCAGGGCAAUAAAAAACGUGACUCUUCUGGAGUGCAGAGGCAAGAACCAAGAACUGUUCUAGGAGAUGUGCAGGCCUCCGUGUUGAAUGUUGAGCAGGUGGAAGCACAAGAUACAGAUGAGGAAAUGGAUGACAAAGAAGAUGCAGAGGACAUCGUAGAAGAGCCAGUAAAACGUGCUCCAAUAAGAUCAAUAUUUAGAGAGAGUAGACUGAGAAAAGUAGGGCCAAUCCUUGGAGGGCCAGUACAAGCUAGAAUCCAGCUGUUCAACGCAAUUUUUGGAGGGACUGUGCCAGACACUGAAGCAUUGGAGAAAACCAGAAUCCAGAGAAGCAGCUCAUUUUCUGGAGAUUCUGAACAGUUCCUUGAAACAUCAGUAAAAGAAAGAUUGCGGAAGUUUCGUUCACUUUCAGAAGCAAAACCUCCUAAACCUUUUCAGAGAAUAAGAAGCAGGAAUCUUGAAACACCAUCGGAGAGAAGAAGGGCGCAAAGACAACAACCCACAGCACAUGCAAAUCAAAGCUAUUCUUCACCAACAAGGCCUCUUGAAAAGCGGCUUACUGCUAAAGAUGAUGUUUCACCUGAAAAUAUUAAACCCACUAAAAUGAAAGAUAAACCAAGCAGGUUUUCAAGCUUUGGUGCAGAAAAAACUCUUCAACAUGAAGAAAGAAAAGACUCUGAGAAGUCUGGAGAGAGAGACUUGCUGAAGUCCUGCCCUCCUGAAGAAGACAGGAAGCCGCAAGAUCAUUCACCUGUGGCCAAAAUACCAGAGCAAACAACUUCCAUUUCAUUACAGUCUGGUGAGAAAUCAGAGAAACAAGUGCCUCUUCCCUCAACUGAAAAUGCGAACAAGAAACCAGACCAAUCCCUGCUAAAAGCAUCAGAUCAUCUGAAUGAACCAAAGGAGCAGGAACUUCAGCCCAGUUCUGUACCACAGUCUGUUUCAGAUGAUUUUGUGGAUGAAUUAUGUAGGCAAAGUACCCAGCAUAUUUUGCCUACUGCAUCUGUGUCAGGACAUCCUGAGGGGGAAGCACAGAAGUCAGCAGUUGAGUCUCACUUACCUAGUGCUCCAUCAGCUAAAUCCAAAUAUUCCACUCUGUCUGAAACAAGACAGGAGGAUGUUAUUCCUCAGUCACCAGAAACUGCACAAUCUGAAUCUGAACAAGUAUUAUUACCACAUUCUGCAGAAGAAACAAAGAAACAAACAGAGUGUCCUUCAGCAACAACUGCACUGUCAGAAACAGAGCCUUCAGGUUUAUCGUAUUCCACUAAAAAGAAAGAGGAUCAAAAGACCUCACCAGUGGAGACCCAAAAUAUUCCCAUAGAGAAGCAAACAAAGUCUGAACAAGACUUUUCAUCCUCUCUUCAGAAAAUAGAGGAGGAAAGAAUCAAACUAAACCCACCUAUUCCUGAAAAUAUAGAUUCUAAAUACGUUGGCAUUUCAUAUCCUGUUCACACAGAAAUAGAAGAAACUCAGAAAACUCCAGCUACAAAUAAAGCAGUAGAUUUGGAUCACCCCGACUUUUCCACUGAAAAAAACAAACAAGCAGAGAAUGUGCAAAUGGAGAUGAAGCGUCCAGAUUUCUCAUAUUUCAGCAAAAAAACUGGGGAAUCAGAGAGAGCACAGAUGGAAACAGAACAUCCAGACUUCUCUUUUCCCGAGAAAGAAACAGCAGAAUUGGAGAGUGUGCAGAUGGAGGUGGAGCAUCCUGACUUUUCUUUUUCCAGAGAAGAAAUGGAGAAAUCGGAAAGUACACAACUAGAGACAGAGCACCCAGAUUUCUCAUGUUCCAGAGAAGAAACAGUGGAAUCAGAGAAUUCACAGCUGGAGACAGAGCAUCCAGACUUUUCUUUUUCCAGGGAAGAAAUAGGGGAUUUGGAAAAGGUACAGCUGGAGACAGUGCACCCAGAUUUCUCAUAUUCCAGAGGAGAAACAGCGGAAUCAGAGAGUUCACAGCUGGAAACAGAGCAUCCAGACUUUUCUUUUUCCAGGGAAGAAAUGGAGAAAUCAGAAAGUACACAACUCGAGACAGAGCACACAGAUUUCUUGCAUUCCAGAGAAGAAACAGUGGAAUCAGAGAGUUCACAGCUGGAGAUGGAGCAUUCAGACUUCUCUUUUUCCAGGGAAGAAAUAGAGGAUUUGGAAAAGGUACAGGUGGAGACAGAACACCCAGAUUUCUCAUAUUCCAGCAAAGAAAUUGCAGAAUCAGAAAGUGGACAACUGAAGAUGGGGCACCCAGAUUUCCCAUAUUCCAGAGAAGAAAUGGAAGAAUUGGAGAAUGCACAGAUAGAGACGCGUCAUCCAGGCUUUUCUUUUUCCAGGGAAGAAGAGGAAAAAUCAGAAAGUGCACAGCCAGAAAUGAAACACCAGGAGUUUUUAUUUUCUGGGGGAGAAACAGAGAAAGAAAAAUCUGUUCCUUUUGAACAGAAACAGCCAGAAUCUUAUUCCCCUGAAGAAGCAGAGCAAGAAGAAUCAGUGCAGCUGGCACAGGUAUCUUCAGAUUUAUCAUGUUUGAUGGAAGAAGCAGAGAAAGAAAACACUGCAGAAAUCCAACUGGUACAUUCAGAUAUAUUUGAUUCCAACAGAAAAGCUGAGACACAGAAAACUGGAUAUAUGGAAACAACACAUUUGGAUUUACCGUAUCCCACGAACAAAUCAAAGCGGCGAGAACUGGCAGAAGCAGAUUUGGACAAUUCUCGUGCAUCAUAUUUUGGUGAUAAAGGAGAACACCUGCAGCCUGUACAGCAAGAUUCACAGCCUAGAGGUAAGCUGUAUUCCUGUGCCAAGGGAGUGCAAGGAGAAACUGCUCAACUGCACUCAGAGCAUCUAGUAUUGUCACAUUCUACUGGAAAAGAACAGCGACAUAAAACCACACAGCUGAGGGCAGAACAGCCAGAGAUACCAUAUUCCACUGGCAAAACAGAACAGGAAAUACUGCAACCAAUGCUGGAACAAGGAGAUCCACCAUAUUCCCAGGGAGAAACAGCACAGGAAACUGUACAAAGAGACUCAGAAGGUCCGGAGCCAUCAUGUUUCUUUAGUAAAGAGCAGCAACAUGAAAAUGUGCAACUAGCUUCAGAAAAUCAGGGCUUCUCAUUUACCACUGGAAAAGUAAAGCAAGAAGGAGUGGAGAUAGGAUCUUUGGGGUCCUCUCAUAUGACUGACAGCACAAAGCCCUGGGAAAUGGCACAGACGGAGCAGGAGGAGUUGCUUCCCUCCUGUUCUACGGCUGGUAGUCAGCAACAAGAAACACCACUGGAUGUGGUCCAGCCAGAUAUAUCAUACUCCUCUGGCAGAAUGGAACAACAAAAUAUAGUACAAAGAAAGCUGGAACAGCAGGAAACAGUCGAACAAAAAGCUAUGCAAAUGGAAAUGGAGUAUUCAGAUUUGUCAGAAACUUGGCAGAAAGAAGAGCCACAGGUCAUAUACCAAAUUACUUUGGCACAGCAAGAAAUAGCUGAACCAGAGUUAGUGCAUCCAUCUUUGCCAUAUAUUUUCGGUGAAAAAAUACAAGAAGAAAUGCAAACAGAGCCAGCGUAUCAGGAACAGACAUUUUAUGUAAGUACAGAAAUGCAGGAGGAAAUGACAUCAGAGCAACCGUUUCCUUCACAUUUUACUGGCAAAACAGAGCAACAAGAAAUAGUACAUCCAGAGCUGGAGCAAACAUUUUUGCCAUCAUCCAGUGGAAAAGAAGCUCCAUUGGAAAUGGGAAUGAGCUCAGAAUAUCUAGAUUUGUCAUACAGCUCAAGCAAAGCUGAAAAACAAGAAAAAAUGUCGAAACAUCCGACCUUACCAUUUCAUUUGAAGCAACAAGAAACUGCACCACUGAUGAUGGAACAUCCAGAUUUUUCAUGCAACAGUGGUGAAACAAAACCAGGCAACAUCACAGAGCCUGAGUGGGGACAAUCAGAGCUCUCACACUCCAAGAGAAAAACACAAUCAGAACAUUUGGAUUCACUGGGAACCCUGGGUGAAGAAGUACAAGAAGAAAGAAUGGAAGUGGAAUCUGAAUACCCAGUUUUGUCAUGUUCUGAUAGCCAAAGAAACCAGCAAGAAACUUCACAACUGGAUUCAAAAUAUCCAGACUUAUUAUUUUCCUUUAGUAAAGCCCAGGAGCAAGAAGCUCGAGAGUUUGAGUCUAAACAUCAAGAACUGCCUAAAGUGGCCAGAAAAAGAGCUUCUCCUGCAACAGCACAAAUAGACUCAAAAUAUCCAGAUCUGACAUACUCCCAUGGCAAACCAAAUGAUCCAGAAAUUGCAGCAUGGGAAAUUAAGCAUCCUGAUUUGUCGCAUACCACUGAUGAGACAAGCCAACAAGAAGUAGUACUGUUGGAUCAGAAACAGAGAAACAUUUCUGUUGGCAGAGAAAAGCAGAAGCAAACCACAACACAACAGUCAGAGCAAGAAAAGUUAUCACAUACUCUUGGUAAAAUAGAACAAUUAAAACAUGCCCAGAAAGACUUGGAACAACCAGAUAUAUCAUUUUCCAUUGACAGGUCUGACAAUGAAAUGGCAUCACAAGAGGCAGAGCACACUGAUGUGAUAUAUCCUCUGAACAACACAGAGGUACAACAAAGAGUACAAGAAACAGAGCAAACCUACCCCUUUGGAAAAGCAAAUAAAACAGUUCAGCCAGAAGUGGAAAUUCCACAUUUGGCCCAUUCUGUGGGUUUGGCAAAAGAGGAAUUGGCAGAACCAGGGCAGGGAGGUCCUGACUUGCCGUAUUCCCUUUCCAAAGCAGGACUGCAAACUGCGCAGGUGAAACAUGAACAGCCUAUUCCCUCGACAUGUUCCCUCGACAAAGAGCAGGAAAUUACUCAGCUGGGGUUGGAACAGCCAGAUGCAUUCUAUGUUCUUGACAAAACACAGCAACUCCCACCUGCCCAGCUGGAGGUGGGCCAUGCAGACUUGGCAUCCCCUGCUGACACAGUGGGGCUGCAAGGGAUGGAGCGUACAGCCUUGGCAUGCCCUAACGAGGGACAGUUUGUCAGCAGAGCAGAGCAUUCAGGAGCUGCAGAAGAGAAACUAGGAGCCCCAGAUGCAUCAUCUCAUAGUGGGAAAGUGGAGCAAAGUGAAAGGGCAAAACCACAGCUGAGGCAUCCUGAUUUAUCGUAUUUCAUUGAUAAAACACAAACGCAAGAAGCUACACAACUGGUGUUAGGAAAGCCAGAUAUAUCACCUUGUCCAGGCAAAACAGAACAAACACAAACUGCACAAGAGCAGCAGCCUGGCCUCUUGCAUUCUUUCAAAAAAGGUGAACAAGGCAAAAAAGCACAGCCAGAACUGGGACAUUCACAGUUAUCUUACGCUGUUAGUGAAGCAGAACAAGAAACUGCACACUCGAAAUCAAGCUGUUCAGAUUUAUCUGCUGGCAGAUUAGAACACCAUAAAAUCAUAGAAUCAGAGACAGAAAUAAUGGAUUUAUCAUGUUCAAUUGAUGAAACACAGCAACAUCAAAUUGCUGAAGUAGAUUUGGAGUAUACAGAUUUAUUGCAUUCCACUGGUACUGAACAACAAGAAGAAAAUAUUCAAUCAGAGCGGGACCAGCCAGGUGGUUUUUCAUCAUCUCUGAGCAGAGAAGAGCAAUGGGAAGAUGGAGGAAAGCAGGCAGAACACCAUGAGCUGCAGUGCUCUAUGGGGAAAACAGAAGGCCUGGGAAAUUCUCAAGCAAGAUCAAAAUAUACAGAUUUGUCUGUUGGCAGAGCAGAACCUCAUAAAACGACACAGGCAGAAUUGAAAGGACAUGAUAUGCUGCAGCCUUUUGUCCAAACAAAACCAUCAUGGGCUGCCCCACUGGAGUCUGAACAUCCAGAUAUCUCAGAUGCCAAGCCAAAAGUACAGAACCCUGAUUUGUCCUCUCCUGUUAUUGAAGAAAAACGACAUACACAACCAGAGAUCAAACAGGAGAGGCAAAGCUAUACAUUAUACCCAGAAGAAACAGGACGACUGAAAUUGCAACAGCCAAUGUUUUCAAGUUCUCAUGGCACAGCAGAACAACCAUAUAGGACCCCACUGGAAGGGGAAUUACCAGAAUUCUUGUAUUCCUCUGGCAAAAAAGAUCAACAAGAAAUGGCAAAACAAGAGUUGGAGCAUUCAGAUUUAUCAUAUUCCACUCAUAAACCACAGCAACAAGAAACCACACAACUUGGGUUAGGACAACCAGAGUUACCAUCUUAUCCUGGGAAUACAGAACAACCACGAACUGUUCAAAUGGAAGCAGAGCAUCAGGGCUUGCCACAUUUCACUGGCAAAACAGAACAGCAAGGAACAGCACAAACAGAGCUUGGGCAUCCAUAUUUGUCAUAUUCUAGUGACAAAAUAGAGCAACCAGCAGCUACACAGUGGAAAUCAGAGCAACCUGUAAGACCCCAUCCCAUUGGAAAAACAAAGCAACAAGGUAUAGCACAUCCAGAGUGGGAAUUUCCCAAACAACAAGAUUUAACAUACACCUUUGGUAAAACAGAUGAAAUCCAAAUUGAGCAAGGUGAACUGAAACAUACAAGCUCAUUGCAUUUUUCUGGCAAAAGAGAACAAGAAAUGGUAUCAACAGAAUUGUGGCAUCCAGAGCUAUCUUAUCCUGUUAGAGGAACAGAAGAGAAAGCUACACAUCAGAAAUCAAACUAUCCAGAUGUGUCAUAUUCUAUUGGUCAACAGGAGUGCCAUGAAAUUGAGCAACCAAAGGUGGAAGAAAUGGAUAUAUCCUAUCCAGCUGGCAAUUCAGAGCACUCGAAACCUUGUCAAGAAGUACUGCAACAGCAAGAGCUUUUGGAGUCCUUUAGCAAAGUAGAGGAAAAGAGAAUGGCCCAGUCUGACUUUUUGCAGUCCCUUGGUGAAGAAAAGCAAAAACCAGCUUCACAGCUAGACUUAGUGCAACCAGGUUUGUCACAUUUCCUUGCCAAACCAGAAGAACAGGAAACCACACAAGGAGGGUUUGUACCUUCUGAUCUUUCAUAUUCCACAGGAAAAUCAGAGCAGUCACAACCAGGACUAAAAUCAGAAUGUCCAGAUUUCUCAUAUUCUCUUGGCAAGGAAGAAACUCAUGGAAUGAAACCACCAGAUUUAUUUUACUCCUAUGGCAAAGAAGAGCAACCACAUACUGCCCAGCUGGAACAUCCAAAGACACCAUAUUUCACAGGUAAAACAGAGCAGAGGGAUGGGGCCCAAACUGAACUGCAGAGCAUUAAUUUGCAGUACUCUGUUGUUGAAACAGAGCAACCAGAAGAAACUUCUGUAUCACAUACCUCUGGCAGCAUUAAAGAGCUCGAAACUGCAAAACUUGACUUUGAGCGAUCAGAUUUAUUAAGUUCUACUGACAAAGUAGAAAAGCAUGAAAUGGCCCUACUGAGAGCAGGACAUUCAGAGAAGCAAGACAGUGGGCCUACUUCAUCUCUAACUGCUCAGCUGGGAACUGAACAACAAGAUUUCUCCUUUUACACUGAGGAAGCAGAGAGUCAAAAAAUUCAUCUGUAUUCAUCUCUUACUGAACAGACAGUGUCUUUGGGUGUUUCACAUUCUGUCUCUGAAACAAAACCAGAAGCAAGUCCAAAGUCUUCAUCUGUAACUGGAGGCCUGUCUCCCAAACACUUAGAUUUAUCUUACACCCAUUGUAAAACAGAGCAGUCAGAAACUGCUCAGCCUGAAUCAGGCUUCUUCUUUGCAAGAAGAGAAACAGAGAAUAUAAAAAAUGAACAACAUUUGCCUUUGGCUGCACAUUCAGAGGCUGAGCAUGUAAAUUUACCUGAAAUGGAGAAAGCACAGACUCCACAUUACUUCCAUACAUCUAUGGAAAUAGAAUCUGAACAGUUAAAUUUACCAUACUCUACAGAUAAAACAGAAACUCUAGAAAGUCAAGAUUAUAUAACUGUACCUUCAAAAAUGGAGUCUGGACCUCCAGUUCCAUUUUAUUCAGCUCAAGAAACAUCCCAGCAAGAAAUUCCACCUUAUUCAAAACCAGCCUCUGAGUAUUUGGUUCCCACAUUGUCCCUUGCUGAACAAGAGAAGCAAAGCAUGCAGCCAGUUAUUUCACAGUCUGCACAAUUAGAGUAUAAACAUGUAAUUCCACCACAUGAUGAAAAAGAAUUGCAGAAAACUCUGCUCUAUUCACCUAAACCAUCAAGCCUGCAGACAGUGCAGUUGGAGAAUACAUCUCUAACACACACAAAAGGCCAAGAUGAGCAACAACCUCAAGAUAGUUUGUUGGACCCAAAAUAUUUGUCAUCAGAGCAGCUAAUAAAUCCCCCUGAAUUCCCUACUGAGCAAGAUAAGCAAGAAAUUCAACCUGAUGUGCGGACAGUGCCAAGGUUGGUGACAGCAAAGUCAAACGUAACUGCUGUAGCAGACAAGCAAGCAGUGAUAUCAGAGUCAUUUGUACCUUUUCAAACAUCACCUGAAAAGUCAGUAUCAGUGGCUUUCACUGAUGAUGAAGAGAAACAAACUAUUCCAUCUUUAUCUGAUGUAGUAGGCAUGCUUGGAAAGCAAUCUAACACAGUUUCAGGCAUUUAUACUGAAGGAGAAUAUAGACAUGAAAUGCAACAAUAUUUUGCAGACCAAAAGCAUGCGUCCUUAGAGCAUCUGGGAGCUGCUUCAUCAGAUCUUGUGAAUGAAACUGUGACACAUAAAACUCAACAUUAUUAUGAGGGAAGCCUUUCUUCAGCAGAGAGGAAGUCCAUUAGCUCUAGUUCUGAUGAAAAGCAGGAGCCAGAUACUCCAUCCUUUGCACUAGCUUACUGGCUGGCAGAAGAGUUGAAGGCUCGCUCAAUUAGUCCAGUAAGAGCUGCAGAAAUAGACAGGAGAGAAGAUCAGCUCUCUCCAAAUGAAACUUCUGAUCUUGGUUUGAAACAAUUCCCAGCUGGAAGUUGCACAGAACUUACAGUUCAUGGUGCUACAAAGAAUACAGGACAUAUGUUUAGAGUUUCUAGUUCAGUGUCAGGUGCAAUUUCCUCUGGAAUGUCCUCAGACACUAAUCACAGAACACAGAAAUAUGAUCUACCAUUUCUGGUAGGAGAUAAUCCAGCUCCAGAUAAAGUUCUAGAGCAUGAAAAUAGUGCUGGAAACCCAGCAAAAAUGGAAGCAAUGAAACAUCCAGAGGCAGAUAUUGUAUCUGAAGUGCCUGAACAUUACCUGAAAGGAGAAGAGGAAGAAACAGAGCAAGCAAGUGUUUUAGAAGGCAGUUGGCAUGCUCCAGAGACUACUGAACAAAAAGAUUUAUUCAAUAUCAUUUCAGAAGGUUAUGAAAUACUCAAUAUUCAUGUUCCUACACAUAUUUCUUCUGUGGAUCAAGAAGAAAGUAAAUACAUGCCAGAUAAACUAGAAUACUUAGAAACAAAUCCUUCAUUUAAAAGAAAAGUGGCUGAUGAUAGCCAUAGAGCCCAAGCUUCUGGAGCAACCACAGAAGUUUCAGAAAGUUCAGCGUUGGGAAAACCUGCAAGCCAUGAGCUAAAAGAAUUGGUAAAAAAUGAUGAUGUUGAAGAAACUGAAGAAACACAAGAAAAUCCCAUGUUGCCAGAAAACAAUGAUUAUGCAGUGUUGGAUCCUAAUAAUGGUAUGGCUGAUAUGGAUUAUUUUGAAAAAUAUACUUUGAUUGAUGACAAAUCUCCAAUUAAGCCACAUUUUGAAAGACCAAGAUCUUUGUUUCCUGUGACAGAAGAUCCUAAUGAAGCUGUGGAAGAAACCACGUCUUUUAAGGAAAGCACUAAGGGAGAUACUUUGGAAGAGGAGUUUUCCUUACUUGAGGAUCUGGAUGAAGUCUUCUAUGGUACAACGAAAGGAGAAAGCAAAAUUCAGUCUUAUGCAGAUGUUUCAAGUCCUUUACCUCUACAGAAAUCAAAUGAUACUAGCAGCAAAAGUGCUACAACUUUAGAAGAUGAACGGAAGUCACCAGGGACCCCGCUCUUCGAUUCAGAAGAAGGGGUGCUAGAGAGAUCUCUGUUGUUCCCUACCACUGUUGCUGCAGUUAAUCCAGAGCUUCUAGAGGAGCCGCCUGCUCUGUCAUUUUUAUAUAAGGACCUCUAUGCAGAAGCAGUAGGAGAAAAGACAAAGGAUGAGACUCCCUCUGAUGAGGAAAGUGGUAAUUCUAAUGCAUCUUUCCCUAGUAGAAAUUCAGACACAGAUGAUGGAACAGGAAUAUAUUUUGAAAAAUACAUACUUAAAGAUGAAAUUCCAAGCAAGGCCACAGGACCUGAAAAAGAUCAGAUGCCAGAGGAUGAAUCCUUUAGUGGAGGAAUUUCAGUUCAGAUUCCUGAGGACAAACAAAAACAGGGUCCUGGUAAUUCUGAGCAUGUCAGAACUGAGGUUCUGCCUGAAACAAGUGUUGUGGAGAGAGGGAAAGUCCAGCUUGACAGUGACAUUAAAGCAACAAUUUGCAAACCAAUGCAUGCCAUUCCUUUUGGAAGGAAUGUAGUUCUUUCAGGUGCAAGAACUGACAUGAGUGAACAAAGAGAAGAAGAAAAUGUACCUGUAGAAACAACUGAGGAGCUGCCAGAGCAAUCAAGUCAAGUGUAUGAUCAACCAGCAGAUUAUCAGGGAGCUACAUAUCAAGAAGCUGGUAAUAAGCAGCAUCAACAGCACAACAUAACAGCAGUUCCUCAAAUGGAAAAACAUGUCCCAUAUGUCAGGGCUCCUGUUGAAGAUAGUGAAGAUGAUCAAUACACUCAAGAAAAUCUUUCCUGUGUCCCUACCAUUCAGCAAACAGAGAAGCCAGACAUUCAGCAAAGAGAGGAGCAACACCCUGACGUUUAUGAAGAUCUUGCUGAGUCAAUGGACUAUGAUGUAAUUACACAAGAAGAACUUCUGCAAGAUGAAAUAUCAUCUCAAUUAACACAUGAAGAGCUAUUGUUUGAAGACAGGGACUCCUUUGAGCAUGCUGGUGAUAGUUAUGAAUUUGUUGAUGAACCAGAGGAAAGAACACCUGUUGAACUUGAAGAUUCAGGCUUUGUGGUGAUGUAUCCUGAAAAAUCAGCAACAAGCAUUCCUCAAGUUGAAAGCCCACAAAGAGAACUAAAGAAAGUGCAAGCAGACACAUAUUGUUACCACUGCAAAUAUCCAAUAUCUGCUAUUGACAAGCUUUUUGGAGAACAUAAAGACCAUGAGGUUACAACACUAGAUGAUGCUGCAGCCAAGAUGAAGGACCAGUUAAGUGAAUUGCUAAUAGCACUGGAAGAAAAGUCAAUGAAGAUUGAAGAGUUUGUGGGUGAUAUUGAAUCGCUAUUUAACUCUGUUGAGGAAAAUUGUAAGAAAAAUGCAGAGUUAUUAGAAAAGCAGAAUGAAGAGAUGCUUAAGAAAAUGGUAGCACAGUAUGAUGAGAAAUCAGAGAACUUUGAGGAAGUGAAGAAGAUGAAAAUGGAGUACCUCUAUGAGCAGAUGGUUAACUUCCAGCAAACUGUUGAUGCAGCAAAGGAAACUUUGGAGACAACAGUAAAAGAAAUGGAAGAGCUCGAUGGAUUUGUUUUCCUAAAUUCAUCUAAAGAAUUAAAUAAAAGGUUACUUUGCGCAAUGGAUACCACCCUCUCCUUAGAAAAGUUGCCCAGUGCUUUUUCCCUGUUUGAGCACUACGCAGAUAGUCCAGGACAAAGCAACCAGGACUCCUUAAAACAUGUGGCUGCCCCACAGACACCGACUGUCAUACCUCAGGAACCAAACUCAGCCACCAGCACCUCAAUUGCUGUCUACUGGGCUGUGAACGAUGGGGAUGCCAUUGACUGCUUCCAGGUCUACUGUAUGGAGGAGCUGCAAGCCAGCAAAGAUGCAGGGGCUUUGGUGGAAGAGUACAGAGUGACAGUGAAGGAGAGCCACUGCAUUUUGGAGGACCUGGAGCCAGAUCACUGCUACAGUGUGUGGGUCAUGGCUGUGAAUGGCACAGGAUGCAGCUUACCCAGUGAAAAAGCCAUUUUCAAAACAGCGCCCGCAGUCCCCACCAUCAAGGCCGAGGACUGCACCGUGUGCUGGGACACUGCCACUGUCCGCUGGUGCGCUGGCUCGCCGUCGGUGGAGUCCUUUACCCUGGAGUACUGCCGACAGCACUCGCCAGAAGGAGAGGGUCUCAGAUCUUUUGCUGGAAUAAAGAAGCCUGAACUGAAAGUAUCCCUGGAACCCAAUGUGAACUAUUUCUUCUACUUGAGAGCUGUCAACCCAUUUGGGACAAGUGAGCAAAGUGAAGCAGCUCUCAUCUCAACUAAAGGAACUCGAUUUCACCUGCUAAGUAACACAGCCCAUCCAGCUUUGCAAAUCUCCUCUAAUGCAACAGUGAUCCGCCUUCCUGAAAAAGCCAAAUUCACUGGGUUUCCUUCAGUCCUGGGUGAGCUGCUGCCUGCUCAGGGACAUCAUUACUGGGAAAUCAUUGUCUCUGGCUGCAGAAGGUACAGGAUUGGGAUUUGUUACAAGGCAAUAUCACAGAGCAGCAUCCUGGGGAUGAGUGAUAUUUCUUGGUGCAUGCGGUGCUGUCCUACACAAACCAGCUUUCUUUAUAGAUUUCUUCACAGUGGUGUGAUGAGCGAUGUUCGUGUGACAGAACACCCAGCCAGGAUUGGCAUCCUGUUGGAUUACAGUGGCAGCAGACUGUUAUUCUUCAAUGCAGAGAGAGGACUCGUGCUGUUCACCGUCAGGCACAAAUUCACUGAUGCUGCUCACCCAGCCUUUGCCCUGGAGAAGGCUGGAGUGCUUACUCUGUGCACAGGCAUGGAGCUGCCAGAGUUUGUGAAGCACAGCUAAUCCCCUCCUUCACACUCUCAGGAAAGCUGUCAAUUACAGUGUCAGGGGACAGGGAGGGGAAGAGGGGUGCCAGGGCAGGAUGUCCAGUUUUCACUGAUGAAUACUACACACACAGCUCUCCCCAGCAUCAUCAGUAAUUGUAGUUAGUACUCGGCCACAUAAUCACCCUGAGCCUGGCAAGAAAAUUGUGUCCUUCAGAUAAAGGAGCACCUAGUGAUAUACACAGCAGUACUUUUAAGGGGAUAAACAAGUGUUGUUAGAUAUAAACAUGAAGCAGGGGAAAUGUACUUUCCCUGUGAAAAUAAU